AUGACCAGACUAAUACAAAACAGCACAUUUAGGCUAUUCAAAAAUAAAUCGAACCGUUUGUUAUUUACAUGUUAUCCCACAUGCACACAUGCAAAAUUAUCUAAUCUAACCAGGUCAAGCAUUGAAUAUUCCAAUAUCGAAGGUGAGAAAGCACAACUGAAAAUGGAAAAAUCAACAUCAAAGACGAUUGUUUUAACUGGUUAUGGUGGUUAUGAUAAGCUCAGGAUUGAAGAGUGGCCGAUUAUGAAACCUGGAAAGGAUGAGGUCCUAGUGAACAUGAGAACGAAUUCUAUUAAUUUUGCUGAAUUAAUGGCUCGACAGGGUCUAUAUGAUGGUUCCCCAAAACUUCCUGGUGUCCUUGGAAUGGAAGGUGCAGGAAUCGUCACUCAGCUUGGUGAAGAUGUCACCAACUUAAAAGUUGGAGACCGAGUUAUUUGUAUAAAAAUGUUUGGCUUAUGGAAAGAGUUUGCAACAGUUCCAGCAGAGCAAUGUUUUCCCAUGCCUGAUGCAAUGACCUUUGAGGAGGGGGUAGCACUCCCUGUGAACUAUGUGACAGCGUAUCACAUGUUGUUUGAUAUAGGAAAUCUAAGGAAGGGAAAGAAAGUAGUUAUUCAUAUGGCUGCAGGUGGGGUAGGAAUAGCUGCCACACAGUUAUGUAAAACAGUUCCCAAUGUCACAGUGUUUGGAACAGCGUCAGCUGUAAAGCAUAAGAUUAUAAGGGAAGUUGGUGUUACACAUCCCAUUGACUACAGGACACAAGACUGGCAGACUGAGGUCACAAAAGUGGCGCCUGAUGGUGUUGAUAUCAUAUUAGACCCCCUUCUUGGAAGUGACGCUACAAAGGCUUAUGCAACACUCAAACCCCUUGGCAAAGUGAUCCACUUUGGAGCUGCCAAUAUGGUUAGUGGACCAGGAACAAAUUAUUUCCAGAUUGCCAAAACAUGGUGGCAAACCUACAGACCUGCAAUCCUGUCUAUGAUGCCUGCAAACAAGGUGGUUGCUGGCUACCACAUGGGACAUCUUCCACAAGAGCCUAUAAGAGAAGCCAUGGUUGAUCUAAUAGCCCUAUACAAUGAGGGAAAGAUCAAACCAAGGAUAGAUUCAGUAUGGUCUUAUGAACAGAUUGCCGAUGCAAUGGCACAGAUGCACGACAGGAAGAAUAUUGGCAAAGUUAUCCUAACACCUUAUGAUGAAAACAACAUCACACCAAAGACAUAAAUGGUAAUUUUAUAUCAAGGG